AUGGAGUCUCAUUGCUUCCUUUUGGUCUUCUUUCUCUUGGUUGCAACUUCUGUUACACAUGUUGGUUUUGCUGCACCACUUUUCAUACCACUCCCUUUGACACCACCAACGCCACCUGUCGGUUACCCACCACCCAUCACUCCUUCACCCAUCGUUGUUCCAGGUGUACCAUGUUCCCCCACACCUUCGCCAUCACCCACAGUUUCUCCGCCAGUUUAUACACCUCCACCGGUUCCAAACCCACCUGUACCUGCUCCAACACCAUCUAUUUCACCCACCCCACCCCCAUCGGGGAUAGUCUGCCCACCUACAGCAACACCACCUGCUAAUCCACCGACACCCGUUCCAACUCCAUCGAUAAUCUAUCCACCACACCCUCAGCCACCCAUUGUCACUCCUACUCCGAGCAACCCGCCUAGUAUUGCUCCAAGUAUAUGCAACAGCACAACUCCACCACUGCCAGCUCCAAUGCUUCCAUAUCCACCAACCAAUCCACCUUCUAACCCACCUGUUGUAACUCCACCACCUCCAAUGACACCGGCAGUUCCAUCUUCUCCAUAUUCACCAACCACCCCACCUCCUAACCCAACUCCUGGUACUGCACCACCACCACCAGUGACACCGGUAGUUCCACCAUCUCCUUAUUCACCAUUAACCCCACCUCCAAACCCAGUUAGUGGUGCACCACCACCACCUCCAGUGAUAUCCAUAGUUCCACCAUCUCCUUAUUCACCCAAUACCCCACCUCCUAACCCAGGUGCAUCACCACCACCUCCAGUGACACCGGUAGUUCCACCAUCUCCGUAUUCACCAAUAAUCUCACCUCCUAACCCAGUUCGUGGUGCACCACCACCACCUCCAGUGACACCGAUAGUUCCACCAUCCCCUUAUUCACCCAUCACCCCACCUCCCAACCCAACUCCCGGUGCAGCACCACCGCCUCCAAUGACACCGAUCGUUCCACCAUCUCCUUAUUCACCCAUCACCCCACCUCCCAACCCAGCUCCCGGUGUAGCACCACCACCUCCAGGGACACCGAUAGCUCCACUGCCUCCUUAUUCACCCAUCACCCCACCUCCCAACCCAACUCCCGGUGCACCACCACCUCCAGUGACACCUAUAGUUCCACCAUCUCCUUUUUCACCCAUCAUCCCACCUCCUAACCCAUCUCCUUAUGUAACUCCAACACCUCCAGCGACACCGAUAAUUCCACCAUCUCCUUAUUCACCAAUCACCCCACCUCCUAACCCAGCUCCUCGUACAACACCACCACCUCCAGUGACACCAAUAGUUCCACCAUCUCCUUAUUCACCCAUCACCCCACCUCCUAACCCAACUCCUGGUGCAACACCACCACCUCCACUGACACCAAUAGUUCCACCGUCUCCAUAUACACCUAACCCUCCACCUUCUCCUACACCAUCUCCUGGGACACCCAGAGUUCCACCACCUCCAUAUACACCCAACCCCCCUUCUUCACCUACACCAACUUCUCCUCCUAGUGUACCACCAAGUCCAGUGACACCAACACCUGCACCGCUUCCAUAUCCACCCAACACUCCACCUCCAACUAUUCCACUAACGCCACCUUGCAUCACCACACCUCCACCACCUACUAAUUCAACUCCAUUAUCUCCCGAUUCACCCAAGACACCACCACCCUUUGUCCCACAGCCAAUCACUCCACCAUCUCCAAAUUCACCCAAGACGCCACCGCCAAAUUUCCCACCCGCAAUCAUUCCACCAUCUCCCAGUCCAUCCAUCUUCCCUCCGUAUUACCCUAUCGCGGCUAUCCCCCCACCACCUUGCACCGAUGCUCCACCGUUGAUCGGCAAGCCACCAUUAAACUCGGAAGAAUGUUUUUCAUCAUGUGAGUUAAGGUGCGGGCUAGACUUGAAGCAAGACAGAUGCCAUCGAAGUUGCAUGGCGUGUUGCCAUCGUUGCAAUUGUGUUCCACCGGGACAAUAUGGAAACAGAGAGAUGUGUGGUUCGUGCUACACUGAUAUGAAAACUCUUGCUGGAAGACCCAUGUGUCCUUGA